AUGGAUCAGAACAUCCGACAGGCGGAGGGGCUUUUGCGUGUGAUCCCCAAGCCCGGAGAAACCAUAUUGCCCAAGGAAGGAGAGGAAAAUAUCUUGAUCACAUCCGCUCUUCCCUAUUGCAACAAUGUACCCCAUCUUGGUAAUAUAAUUGGAAGUACUCUGAGCGCAGACGUUUUCGCUCGCUAUAAUCGUGCCAGGAAUCGGAGAACGCUCUAUGUGUGUGGUACAGACGAGUAUGGUACGGCAACAGAAACACAAGCCUUGAAGGAAGGCAUCACCCCUAAGCAGCUAUGCGAUAAGUAUAAUGCUCUCCAUGUAGAGACAUAUAACUGGUUCCAGCUGAGCUUCGAUCAUUUUGGACGAACAUCGACUCCUCUUCAUACCGAAAUCUGCCAGGAUAUAUACCUCGGGCUCCUCAAAAAUGGCUUCCUAGAAAAGCAGAUUAAAGACCAAACAUAUUGCGAAGGGUGUUCCAAAUUUUUGGCAGAUCGAUUUGUCGAGGGAACCUGCCCGCAUUGUGGUGCGGAUGAUGCUCGUGGAGACCAAUGUGACGUAUGUAGCCGGACGUUGGACGCUAUAGACCUCAUCAAUCCCCGGUGUCUCGUGAACAAAACACACACCGUGACAACUCGCUCGUCCUCGCACAUGUACGUCAAGCUGGAUUCUCUUCAGGCUAAGACGGAAGCAUGGAUUAAGAAGUCGUGGAAGGAGGGGAAAUGGUCGCCGAAUGCGGUCAUCAAUGCUGAUGGGGAACUCAUCGAUGCUCGUUUAAAAUCUGGGCUUCGCCCUAGCCCUGUGACAAGAGACUUGACCUGGGGUGUUCCUGUACCGGUGGUGGAAGGCGAAGAUGACCAUGGCAUGAAGGGGAAAGUUCUCUACGUUUGGUAUGAUGCACCCCUCGGCUACCUCAGUAUCACCGCCAACUACACACAAGAAUGGCGUCAAUGGUGGUUGAACGACAGAAACGUCCGCUUGUAUCAAUUUAUGGGAAAAGACAACGUCUAUUUCCAUACUAUCUACUUCCCUGCUAUUCUCUUAGGUGAUGGCCGGCCGUGGACAACUUUGUACCAUCUAUCCACUACCGAAUACUUGAACUACGAAGGCGGAAAAUUCUCAAAAAGUCAUAAUCGUGGUGUCUUCGGACCAGCCGCCAAGGAGACUGGAAUCCCGACUUCGGUAUGGAGAUAUUACUUGAUCUCGACAAGGCCAGAGACUGCGGACGCCAUGUUCUCCUGGGCCGAUUGCAUUGCGGCAAAUAACAAUGUCCUCCUUAACAAUUUCGGAAACUUUGUGAACCGUGCUCUGAAAUUCGUUGCGUCGCAAUACGAUAGUGUCAUUCCUGAUGGCGGAGAUGUACCUGGCCCGCUGUCCCCUAACGACGACGUUGACGCCGAGUUCAUCUCUGAGGUGAACGGUCUGUUGAAAGAGUACCUCGAUGCCUUGGAGUCCGUUAAGCUGCGCCUUGGCCUCCAGAUAGUCAUGCUCCUGUCUGCCCGCGGGAACCUCUACUUACAAGCUUCUGGCUUGAACAAGGCAUUGAUGAACGAAAAUCCGAAGCGCUGCGCACAGGUGGUAUCGCGAGCCAUCAACCUCAUCUACGUCCUUUCCGCACUCGUCUCCCCCUACAUGCCGACCACAACUGAAUCCAUGCUGGAGCAACUGAACGCACCUGCACGCACCAUCCCAGAGGUCUUAGCGACGGACAUCCUGCCAGGACACCGGAUCGGUACGCCUGAGCAUCUGUUCAAGCGCAUCGACGAGAAGAUGGCAGAAGUGUGGAGGGCAAAGUUUGGAGGAAACAAGCCGGUAGAUGGCACACCUGAGCCCAACUCCGACGCGACGCACGUCGUUCCGGGCAUGUCGAAACGGAAAGCGGUAGCAGCAAAGAAGGCGGCGGACAAAGCGGCUGCACAGGACGAGAAGCCAAAGUCGGUGGAAGUGCUAGCAUGGGAGCAGAGAGUGGCCGAGCAGGGACAAAAGGUAAGGGCCCUCAAAGGCCAGACGCCUAAAACUCCGGAGCUAGAGCAGGAAGUUGUCGCGGCGGUGGAGGAGCUGAAGAAGUUGAAGGAGGAGUUGGCUGCCAUGCAGAAGGAGUCUUGA